AUGCAUAUCAAAAAGCUCAAGGUCAGGCCUCGCAAAGAGCAUGCGAAGGCCGUCUGUGGUGUUCAGCUAGCGAGCAUGCUUGGGUGCUGGGCGGCCAGCGGUGACACGCACUCUGUCGGACCGUGCCAGGAGUCGGCGAAGGCACUGUAUGAAUGCAUGCGGACAGCGCCAUUAGGCGGGAAGCAGCACGGGUCCACCAUCAACUACCACCUCAUGCGGCUUGGCAAAAUACUCAACAAAUAG